CUCUGUUCUCUGCGCUGGGCAUGGAGUGGAGCUGUGAGGCCGAGCCCCUGCCCUGCCCUGCCCUGCCCACGCAACAGGGACUAAAGGUUUGCAGGGCAGGGCCUGGUAUGCUCACCCUUCACCGACUCUCAUUGCUUUCCUCAUUCCUUUUAUGCGGCAGUCAAUUGUUGGGGAUUCGAGGAGGAUUAACAGGGCCCCUUUCCUCAAGGCAUUCUUUGUGCUGCAAGGUGUUCCCUGACAAGAGAGGCCAGGGUUUCACUUCCAUCGCCCAGGCUGGAGUGCAAUGGCGUGAUCUGGGCUCACUGCAACCUCCUCCUCCCAGGCUCAAAUGAUUCUCCUGCCUCAGCCUCCUGAGUAGAGUAGCUGCGACCACAGUCACAUGCCAUGGUGCUCGGCUAAUUUUUUUGUAUUUUAUUUUUGUAAAGACAGGGUCUCAUUAUGUUACCCAGGCUGGUCUCAAACUUCUGAGCUCAAAUGAUCUGGCUGCAUCAGCCUCCCAGAGUGCUGGGAUUAUAGGCAUGGACCACUGUGCCUGGGCUUGUCUUUUCAUUUUAAAGAAUAUAUCAGCAGGGAUUAUUGGACCUGCAUGAUUUAAACUAUUGUCUUAGUUAAUUUUGUGCUGCUCUAACAAAAUAUCACAGACUGAGUAAUUUAUAAGCAACAGUAGCUUAUUUGGCUCACAGUUCUGGAGGCUGAGAAGAUCGUGAGGCUGCAUCUGGCAAGGACCUUCUUGCUGCUUCAUAACAUAGCAGAAGACAUCAUGUGGGUGUGUGUCUGGGGAAGACACAGAAGUAGAGUUGCUGAGUCAAAGAUCUAACCAUGAGCUAUCCUGGCUAUCCCCCGCCCCCAGGUGGCUACCCACCAGCUGCACCAGGUGGUGGUCCCUGGGGAGGUGCUGCCUACCCUCCUCCGCCCAGCAUGCCCCCCAUCGGGCUGGAUAACGUGGCCAACUAUGCGGGGCAGUUCAACCAGGACUACCUCUCGGGAAUGGCGGCCAACAUGUCUGGGACAUUUGGAGGAGCCAACGUGCCCAACCUGUACCCUGGGGCCCCUGGGGCUGGCUACCCACCACUGCCCCCUGGUGGCUUUGGGCAGCCCCCCUCUGCCCAGCAGCCUGUUCCUCCCUAUGGGAUGUAUCCACCCCCAGGAGGAAACCCACCCUCCGGGAUGCCCUCAUAUCCGCAAUACCCAGGGGCCCCUGUGCCGGGCCAGCCCAUGCCACCCCCCGGACAGCAGCCCCCAGGAGCCUACCCUGGGCAGCCACCAGUGACCUACCCUGGUCAGCCUCCAGUGCCACUCCCUGGGCAGCAGCAGCAGCCAGUGCCGAGUUACCCAGGAUACCCGGGGUCUGGGACUGUCACCCCCGCUGUGCCCCCAACCCAGUUUGGAAGCCGAGGCACCAUAGCUGAUGCUCCUGGCUUUGACCCCCUGCGAGAUGCUGAGGUCCUGCGGAAGGCCAUGAAAGGCUUCGGGACGGAUGAGCAGGCCAUCAUCGACUGCCUGGGGAGUCGCUCCAACAAGCAGCGGCAGCAGAUCCUCCUUUCCUUCAAGACGGCUUACGGCAAGGAUUUGAUCAAAGAUCUGAAAUCUGAACUGUCAGGAAACUUUGAGAAGACAAUCUUGGCUCUGAUGAAGACCCCAGUCCUCUUUGACGCUUAUGAGAUAAAGGAAGCCAUCAAGGGGGUUGGCACUGAUGAAGCCUGCCUAAUUGAGAUCCUCGCUUCUCGCAGCAAUGAGCACAUCCGAGAAUUAAACAGAGCCUACAAAGCAGAAUUCAAAAAGACCCUGGAAGAGGCCAUUCGAAGCGACACAUCAGGGCACUUCCAGAGGCUCCUCAUCUCUCUCUCUCAGGGAAACCGUGAUGAAAGCACAAAUGUGGACAUGUCUCUCGCCCAGAGAGAUGCCCAGGAGCUGUAUGCAGCCGGGGAGAACCGCCUGGGAACAGAUGAGUCCAAGUUCAAUGUGGUUCUGUGCUCCCGGAGCCGGGCCCACCUGGUAGCAGUUUUCAAUGAGUACCAGAGAAUGACAGGCCGGGACAUUGAGAAGAGCAUCUGCCGGGAGAUGUCCGGGGACCUGGAGCAGGGCAUGCUGGCCGUGGUGAAAUGUCUCAAGAAUACCCCAGCCUUCUUUGCGGAGAGGCUCAACAAGGCCAUGAGGGGAGCAGGAACAAAGGACCGGACCCUGAUUCGCAUCAUGGUGUCUCGCAGCGAGACUGACCUCCUGGACAUCAGAUCGGAGUAUAAGCGGAUGUACGGCAAGUCGCUGUACCACGACAUCUCGGGAGAUACUUCAGGGGAUUACCGGAAGAUUCUGCUGAAGAUCUGUGGUGGCAAUGACUGAACAGUGACUGGUGGCUCACUUCUGCCCAACUGCCGGCAACACCAGUGCCAGGAAAAGGCCAAAAGAAUGUCUGUUUCUAACAAAUCCACAAAUAGCCCUGAGAUGCACCGUCCUAGAGCCUAGGUCUGUCCUCCACCCCUCCUGACCCGUAUAGUGUGCCACAGGACCUGGGUCGGUCUAGAACUCUCUCAGGAUGCCUUUUCUACCCCAUCCCUCACAGCCUCUUGCUGCUAAAGUAGAUGUUUCAUUUUUCUGACUCAUGCAAUCAUUCCCCUUUGCCUGUGGCUAAGACUUGGCUUCAUUUCGUCAUGUAAUUGUAUAUUUUUAUUUGGAGGCAUAUUUUCUUUUCUUACAGUCAUUGCCAGACAGAUGCAUACAAGUCUGUUUGCUGCGUACACAUUUCUGGUGAGGGCGACUGGGUGGGUGAAGUGCCGUGUCCUCGCUGAGGAGAGAAAGGGAGGUGUGCCUGGGAGGGUAGCCUGUGCAUCUGGUGAGUGUCACGAGCUUUGUUACUGCCAAACUCACUCCUUUUUAGAAAAAAAACAAAAAAAGGGCCAGAAAGUCAUUCCUUCCAUCUUCCUUGCAGAAACCACGAGAACAAAGCCAGUUCCCUGUCAGUGACGGGGCUUCUUGUAAUUUGUGGAAUGUGCCUUAAACCUGAAUAUCUGUAGCCAAAACUUGUUUCCACAUUAAAAGUCAGCCAGCUCUG